AUGGAGCGACUGAAGCUGCCCGAUGUCGUAACUGAGUACGUGCAAUGCCUCGACGCAGCGUUGCCGGAUGAGGGAGAGCUCACCGAAGCCUCUCUUGAGGACUGCUGGAGCAACGUGAAGGCAGCCAUUAACAGUGCUGUUGAAGGCGCCGUUGGGUUCGUGGAGCGGAAUCGACGGAACGAUUGCAAGCCCACACUAGUUCAGCAGAGCACAGCAGAUCUACCGGCAUCCCGAGUCUCACCAACUCGCCCCUUUUUCAUUUGCGGAGUGGACUACUGUGGACCGUUCUUCAUCAAGUCAACUGUCCGUAAUCGUUCACCAACGAAGGCGUACGUAGCAGUAUUUGUCUGUUUCGCAACGAAGGCUGUACACAUCGAGCUAGUAAGUGACCUUACCACAGCGGCAUUCCUAGCAGCUCUUCGUCGAGUGGUUGCCCGCAGAGGAAGGAUCGCAGAAUUGCACUCGGAUAACGCUACUACAUUCAAGGGUGCUUCGCACGCACUCAACCGCAUCUAUCGGAUGCUUAAGACGGACCAAGCUGAUCGUGACAGGAUCUUCAACUGGUGUUCCGAGAAUGAAAUCCGUUGGAAGUUCAUUCCACCACGAGCACCACACUUUGGAGGUCUGUGGGAGGCUGCGGUGAAGUCUACAAAAAAGCACCUCCUGAAAACUGUAGGCAACACCAACAUCGCCUACGAACAAAUGGUCACGCUGUUGGCCCAGGUCGAGAUGUGCCUGAAUUCCCGGCCGCUGACGCCGAUGUCAAGUGAGCCGUCUGAUCUGGAGGUCCUUACCCCGGGACAUUUUCUCAUCGGGUCCAACAUGCAAGCCGUUCCAGAAGCUGAUCUGCAUGGAGUUCCUGAUAACCGUUUACAGUUGUACGAGCAGACCCAAAAGCACCUCCAAAACAUUUGGGCUCGCUGGUAUCCUGAGUACUUGCAGCAACUGCAAUCACGGGCUACCAAAGGCUGCAAACCACCGGUGACCGUUGAGGUCGGUCGAAUUGUCGUCAUCAAAGAGGAUAAUGUCCCGCCUGCAUAUUGGCCGCUCGGUAAGAUCAUCAAGCUGCAUCCGGGGAAGGAUGGUGUUGUUCGAGUCGUGACUCUAUGGACUGCACCAGGGAAGGACAUCGUACGAGCUGUUGUCAAGCUAGCGCUGUUACCAUCACCGAACCCAAGCAUCUGA